AUGGCUCACAAUGGGGAAGACAAUAAGAGUGUCAUAAUUGAGGCCCGAGAUGAUGCUCAAUUGGAAACUCUUGGCUACAAACCCGUGUUACACCGAACAUACACUCUCUUUGAGAACUUCUCAACAUCCUUCGCUGCCUUGUACUUCGUUGGAGGUGUAAGAGUUACUUACACCACUGGAAUCGCCUCCGGAGGUCCUUUAGCUUAUUGGACGAGUUAUCUUGUAACAUGCUUUUUUACCUUCAUAACUGCAGCCGUCAUAGCAGAAGUCUGUUCUGCGUCACCUUCAGCUGGUUCCAUCUAUCUUUGGGCAGCUGAAGCUGGAGGAGCCAAGUAUGGUCGACUUUUAGGAUUUGUUGUUGCCUGGUGGAGUACAACUGCUUGGAUGACCUUUUGUGCAAGCAAUACCCAAGGAGCUGUCAAUUAUAUGCUUUCGGAAAUCGUUGUCUUCAACGUUGAUUUUCCAACGGAUACCAGUGAUAUCAAGUUCCGAGCAGUCCAAUGGAUUUGUACUGAGAUUCUCCUCGCACUAGCCGCAAUCGUGAAUUUUCUACCACCUCGUCUUUUUAAGUAUGUCUUCUGGGUAUCGAGCUUUUUAGUCAUGCUUGAUUUCCUUCUUAACCUCAUCUGGUUACCAAUAGGAGCUGCCCGAACCAUCGGUUUCCGAUCCGCAGAGGAGGCGUUUAUGACAACCUACAAUGGAACCGGUGCACCUGCUGGAUGGAAUUGGUGUUUGUCUUAUCUCGCUACUGCUGGUAUCCUCAUUGGAUUUGACGCUUCUGGACACGUUGCGGAAGAAACCAAAAACGCUUCGAUCACAGCCGCCAGAGGCAUAUUCUGGAGUGUGAUUGUUAGUGGAGUAGGAGGGUUUGCCACCAUCAUUCUAUUUCUGUUCUGCACACCUGAUCCAGAUACUCUGUUCUCUUACGGCUCGCCUCAACCAUUCGUACCUCUCUAUGCCGUUGUCUUAGGACAAGGUGGACAUGUCUUCAUGAACAUCAUUGCAGUGGUUGCACUUUGGUUCAAUACCGCAAUUGCUAUUGUCGCUGCAUCUCGACUUGUCUUCGCAGUGGCUCGUGAUGGUGUUCUUCCAUUCUCGGGUUGGGUAUCACGCGUUUCAUCUGAAGGUCAACCCCGAAACGCUGUCCUUGUAAUUUGGGGUUGUGCCUCGCUUGUGACUUGCACCAUCUUACCUUCUGCAGUCGCAUUCACAUCCCUCAUAUCCGCUGCUGGUGUUCCAUCGGCAGCCGCAUAUGGACUUAUUGCUUUUGGAAGAUUUUUCUUGACACCAAAUACAUUUCCCAAGCCAAGAUGGAGUUUAGGUAGAUGGAGUAGACCAUUUCAAUUCAUCUCAAUCUUUUGGAAUGGUUGGGUUGUGGCAAUCCUUUUCAGUCCUUAUGAAUUCCCUGUCACUGCAGCUACAUUGAAUUAUGCGCCAAUAAUCAUGGCAGGUGUAACAAUCCUAGCACUGAUUUCCUGGUGGUUUACACCCGUUGGAGCAUGGCUUCCCCGAGAACGCAUAUCACAUUUCGUGGAAAGUGAAGGAGCGCCUGCGGAAGGUCUCCGACAAGAACCGGAUGAACAACUUCAGGUGCCUGAGGUAGAAGGGGAUGCGGUCCCAGCUACCUAUUCUGAGAAUGGAGGGCUUUUAGAUGGGACCGCGCAGGAACAAAGAGAUCCAUGA